AUGAUAAUUUGGUUCUUUUUGAUCUCUUCCCCAUUGCCGAUCUAUACCAAGGAUACCCAAUUUGAAUGUGGUGACCAUGGAAGAUUUGAAUAUUGUAUUGAUGGUAUACCAGGGUGUAUCGUCGGAUGUCAUUGUCACCCCGGUUACUACUUCGACACAGACACAAAAAUUUGUGAACCCAACUCUAAGUUAAUGCAAGCUUAUCGUAGACAUUACGCAGGGGAACCUACUAGAAUCUCUCAAAUAAACUCACCUGAAGUUUUGGAAACGUCAACAUCUUUUUCGACGGUUGGCAUUAUGGACGAUCAUGUGGAUGCUAUAGCUCAGAAUGCAGAUGAUCUUGGAGACUGGCUCUAUAAUCAAUUCUAUAAAACGAUAGAAAGCCAAGUUAUUAAUAAAACGAACGAUAACCUCAUAACUAGAAGAAGUGGAAAAAAACCCACACCAAAAACGAAAAAGGGGCGGAAAAAGGAAAGGCAGGUAUCAUUGAAAAAGAAGCAAAAGAAGGAUGAUUUACGCAGAAAAUUACUACGCAUAACUGAAGAUGACAGCCUCUUUGAUUCAGAUGCAGAUACAGAUACAGAUACAGACAGCUCACACUCUUCUAGUAUCGAUGAAACACGAGAGAGCAAAGAUAAAGAACACGGUCAUAAAAAGUUUGUUAUAGUUAACAAGAAGCCAAAGCCACAGCUGCCUUCUUUUAUCUUCUUACCAAAUAUAGAAACACCUUUCUAUCCUCCAGUAGGUUUACCGCCGCCAGUUCUUCCAAUGUAUCCUAUGGUGCCCGUACCACCAGUACUGCCAUCUUAUUCUUUCCCAAAUGUACCACCAGAUUGUCAAGCAACAAAUUUGACAACAAGCGCUACCAGUACAUUCUCAUCUACAACACAAUCUAUAUUAACGUCGCCCACUACAAAAUUAGUCGUUGGUACAACAGAUUCAUUAGACAAACCUAAGCCUAAAACAGAUAUCACAACUAUCUCUGACAUUGAAUCCUCAACCAUGCAAGACGCAACCGGGUCAGUGUUGCGGAAGAGAAGGAGAAAGAAGGAACAUGUGCGCAGAGACAGAAAUGAUAUUCUUCGACGUUUGCGAGAACUGGUUGAAAAUGCAGCACCGAAUCCAGCGAAUAAAAUGAAAAAAACACGGGUAGAUCCACUCGAGAACUUAGAGAGGGACUCCGUAGAUGACUUCGAAGAAGCAUUUCCCAUGCAACAAAUGAUUAAACAGGACUUGCACUCAAACACAAAUGAGAAAGCAGAAUCAAAACAAGAAGAUAAAGCAAAUUUCAAAUAUUUAUCAGAACUAAUUCAUAGAAUUCACCUUAAUGACACAAAAACUCCCGCAGGAAUGAUCGUCAAACCAAGUUUUCAACAAAACAAGCCGUUUAUUGAUUACAAAAAGAAUACUCGAGUAAAUAACAAACGUCCUAAAAUUGUUGAGCCCACUCGAAGACUUAAUUAUGAAAUGGAUAUGCCCCACGAUCCAAAAAAAACCGACAACUCGUUCUACACUAAUCUUGGCACAGAACAUAGCCUCGAUAACAAUUCUAGUAGAAAAAUACAAAACUCAAACAUCUUCAUUAAGAACGAAAUUCCCAAUUUUAAACCACAUGAAAUCAAAAGUAACGUGAUUUUGCCAAAAAGACAACCAGUAUUGAUACCUCACAGGCAAACGAAUACACAUCUUGCGUCGCUAUCUCCAUUAUUCGACUUCAAUAUUAAACAGUAUCUCAAUGUAAACGAA